AUGAUAUCAUCCAGCACCCCUGCCAUCGAGGGCAGGGCGCCAUCUCAUCAACCCCCACCCGAUUCCAGGCCGAGGAACUCCAAUUCUCUUGACAUCAGCAAUUCUGACACUUCGAGGCCAAAUAGUAUAGGCAGUCGAAGCACGAAGAAACCAGGAAUCGAUACCCGCAGUGAUCACGAAGUUGAGAAUGUCGAUUUGCGCCAGGAUGACCUCGCCGACCCCCAACGCACCGGCUACUCGCAUGAGCAAGAACGGCGUAUUCGCCGAAAGGUAGACUUACGGCUUUGCACGAUCGCAGGAAUCCUAUGUAGUCUCAACCUCCUCGACAGCGGUGUUAUCUCGAGCGCCGCCGUCACAUCGAUGCCAUCGGACUUGGGACUCGACCACGGCAACCGCUUUUCCGUUUCCAUCUUCAUCUUCACCGUAGCGAGCAUCAUCUUCCAGCUACCUUCGACCAUUGCCGUGCGCACCUUUGGUCCCCGCAUCUGGUUCAGCUUCAUCACCUUCUCGUUUGGCAUCAUCACCCUCUCAACCGGAUUUGUCAAGGACUGGAAGCAGAUGAUCGCCCUGCGCGUCCUCCUCGGCGCCACAUCUUCUGGCAUCUACCCCGGUCUUUCCUACCUCAUCAGCUGCUGGUAUCCACGCCGCGAACAGCAGGUCCGGUUUGCUUUCAUGCAGAGCGGGGAAGUCAUUAUCCUGGCUACUGGGAGCUUGGUCAACUACGGUCUCCAACAGCGCAACGGAGGUGCAGGCCUUGAGGGAUGGCGAUGGAUGUUCGUUGUGCAAGGUCUCUGCACAUGCGUGCUGGGUAUCGCGACGUACUGGUGGAUCGUCGACUUCCCCGAAAACUCGCACAAGAGCUUUUGGUUCCUGACGGAGGAAGAAGCCGACAUCGCCUCGCGCCGCAUCGAGAAGGAUCGCGGGGACCUCAUCGCCCAAAAGUUUAGCCUGAUGGCUGUGCUUGUCCACGCCAAGGACUUCAAGAUCUGGGUGUUCGCCUGCCUGUUCUUUAUGCAGAACGUCGUCUCUACGGCCCUGGCGUACUUCGUCCCCAUCAUUCUGGAGAAUGGCUUGGGCUAUUCGCCUAACCAAGCCAUCAUUCUCUCGGCUCCGCCUUACUACUACGCGGUUGUCCCGGUCAUAGUGUCGUCCGUGGUUGCUGAUCGGUUCCGGAUCAGGGGCCCUAUCAUUACCUUUAACGCCCUUUGCAUGAUCACGGGCUUUGCUAUUCUUGGAUUUGCUGAUAAUUCUGGAGCGCGCUACUUUGGAGUAUUCCUCUCGACUGGAGCAUACGUGGCUAACUGGGCAGCUUUGACCGCGUACCAGGCCAACAAUGUUCAAUGGAAGCGCGUUUUCACCGCUGCUGCAUGCACCAUGUUCAACGGUGCCGGCGGUAUUGCUGGCAGCUACAUAGUUCGCAAUAUUGAGGCUCCGAGAUAUACUACAGCUGUGUGGGUGUCGAUCGGUCCCAUAUCUUGA